AUGACACUAGCGGACCAAAAUGCAUCCGACAAGGAGAAGAUCAGUGUCGCAAGUCCCAAUGCAUUGCCGGCCAACUCUGCCGGCCCAGGCUCUGGCAAGCUUUUUGAGUCGUCAUCCGACGGCGAGACCGAGGUGGGCGAGGUGCAGGCCGUGACUCUGGACAUUGAGAGGUUGAAAAGAGCCGAGGGCGAUGCCACUUUCCACAGGCUGGGCUGGAAGCGGCUGACGGUUGUGCUGAUCGUCGAGGCAAUUGCGCUGGGUAGCCUGAGUCUGCCAGGGGCCUUUGCGACGCUGGGCAUGGUGGCCGGCGUCAUCUUGACUAUCGGGAUUGGCAUUUUCGCCAUGUACACGAGCUACGUCGUCGGCCAGGUCAAGCUCAAGUACCCAGAUGUCUCGCACUACGCCGACGCUGGCCGCUUGAUGUUUGGAAAGUUCGGCUACGAGCUCAUCAGCGUCAUGUUCAUCCUACAGCUGGUCUUGAUCGUCGGGUCCCAUGUACUGACUGGAAGUAUCAUGUGGGGAGCCAUCACUGACAAUGGAGCCUGUUCGAUUGCCUUCGCGGUUGUCUCGGCCAUCAUCCUGUUCCUACUGGCUAUUCCCCCGAGUUUUGCCGAGGUCGCCAUUCUCGGAUAUAUCGACUUCGUUUCCAUCAUUGCCGCAAUCCUCAUCACAAUAAUCGCCACUGGCAUCCGUGCCAGCGACGCCGGGGGUGGGCUUGCCAACGUCAACUGGUCUGCUUGGCCCAAGGAAAAUGUCACUCUGAGCGAGGGCUUCAUCGCCAUCACCAACAUCGUAUUUGCCUUCAGCUUUGCCAUGUGCCAGUUUACCUUCAUGGACGAGAUGCACACCCCAGCCGACUUUCCCAAGAGCAUCUGGGCCCUCGGCAUCAUUGAGGUCUGCAUUUACACCCUCACGGGCGCUCUGAUCUAUGCCUUUGUCGGCCAGGACGUGCGCUCGCCAGCCCUGCUCUCGGCCGGCCCCCUAGUGUCCAAGGUUGCCUUUGGAAUUGCCCUUCCUGUCAUCUUCAUCUCGGGUAGCAUCAACACCACGGUCGCCGCGCGGUACAUACACGGCAGAGUCUUUAAGGACUCCAUCGUCCGCUACGUCAACACCCCCAUGGGGUGGAUGACUUGGCUAGCCCUCGACGCUGUCAUUACAAUUUUUGCCUGGAUCAUCGCCGAGGCCAUCCCCUUCUUCUCGGACCUGCUCGCCAUUUCGUCGUCUCUCUUUAUCUCUGGCUUCACCUUCUACUUACCCUCUACCAUGUGGUUCAUGUUUGUCGUGGAAGGCAAGUGGUACGAGCGGAAAAACUGGUUCCUGGCCACUGUCAACGCCGUAUCGUUCAUCAUUGGCAUUGCCAUCCUUGGGCUCGGGACAUACUCGAGCAUUGACGAUAUUAUGCUGAGGUACAAGGAUGGAAACGUUGGGACCCCUUUCAGCUGCGCAGCAGCUUCUUAA